AUGGAUCAAAUUAAGCAUAAUUACGUUCAAGUCGAUAAGUUGAAGCUCCAUGUAGCCGAGAUUGGGUCGGAAUCAUCGCCCGCAGUGCUUUUCCUACACGGAUUUCCUGAGAUAUGGUAUACUUGGCGCCAUCAGAUGAUUGCCAUUGCAGAAGCCGGUUUUAGAGUCAUUGCACCGGAUUACAGAGGAUAUGGACUGUCUGACGUCCCUGCAGAACCCGAGAAGACGUCAUUUGUUGAUUUGGUCACAGAUAUUGCCAUCAUCCUGCAAUCUCUUGCCAUAUCUAAGGUGUUUGUGAUUGCUAAGGAUUUUGGAUCAAUGGUUGGCUACAUAUUUUCCAUUUUCUUCCCAGAGAAACUUGCAGGAAUUGUAACAUUGGGCGUUCCUUAUAUGCCCCCUCAGGCUUUGCAGCAAAUUCAGACCCUCCCUGAAGGUUUCUACAUGCGAAGAUGGCAGGAACCUGGAAGAGCGGAAGCUGAUUUUGGUCGGUUUGAUGCUAAAACCGUGGUGAGAGGCAUCUACGUUUUGUUCUCUGAAAGGGAACUACCCAUAGCUGGUGAAAACGAGGAGAUUAUGGAUUUGGUGGAUCCAACGGCUCCUCUACCCUCUUGGCUCACAGAGGAGGAUCUUGAUAUCUAUGCUACUUCGUAUAAGAAGUCUGGAUUUCUAACCGCACUCCAUGUUCCUUACAGAUCAUUAUUGGAGAAAGUUGAACCUCCAAACCAAGACCCGAAUAAUCUGCGAAUCGAAACUCCAGCACUGUUCAUCACAGGCGAUAAAGAUUUCUUCUUCAACAUCCCCGGAAUGGAGGAAUACUUGACGAAUGGUGUCAAGAAUUACGUACCAAACCUUGAAAUCAUAUUUGUGCCUGAAGGUUCUCAUUUUGUUCAUGAACAAUUUCCCGACAAAGUGAAUCAACUCCUCCUCAAUUUCCUCAAACGCAACAAAUAUUAGUGAUUUCAAGCUUUCGUACGGAUAAUUUCAGCCAUAAUUUCAUUUCCGAUAAGUUUUCUUGUGCUAAGACCUC